AAACUGAUGGGAGCAGUGUGAAGGAGCUACGUAAAGUGGACCCGAUAACAUAGCAACAUAAACAACAACAACAACAACAACAACAUCAACAGCAGCAGCAGCAGCAGCAAUGGCAGAGACGCGACAGAAGCUGCUGCGCACUGUCAAGAAGGAGGUAAAGCAGAUCAUGGAAGAGGCUGUCACCAGGAAGUUUGUACAUGAAGACAGCAGCCAUAUUGUCUCAUUUUGUGCUGCGGUGGAGGCGUGCGUUCUCCAUGGGCUUAAGCGGCGAGCGGCGGGAUUCCUGCGUAGCAACAAGAUAGCAGCGCUCUUUAUGAAGGUGGGGAAGAGCUUCGCCCCGGCAGAGGAGCUGUGCAGGAAGGCUCAGGAGCUGGAACAGAUCACAGAGAGCAAACGGAACCAAAGUUUGCCCAACCAGGAUAGCUUACGGAUACUGUCCAGGCUGCCCAGCCUCAGCCCGCAGGUGGUCAGAAACCUUUGGAUCCGCACGGCCCUCAUCGAGAAGGUGCUGGACAAGAUCGUGCUCUACCUCGUGGAGAACAGCAGUAAAUUCUAUGAAAAAGAGGCCAUUCUGAUGGAUCCAGUGGACGGACCCAUUCUGGCCUCUUUGUUAGUGGGGCCCUGUGCCUUGGAGUACACAAAGAUGAAGACGGCAGACCACUUCUGGACAGACCCCUCGGCCGACGAGCUGGUCCAGAGACAUCGCAUCCACAGUGGCCACUGCAGACAGGACUCCCCCACCAAGAGGCCUGCUCUCUGUAUCCAGAAGAGGCAUUCCAGUAACAGCAUGGAGGAGCGGCCCUCACCUUCAGCCCGGGACUACGUGGAGUCCCUGCACCAGAACAACAGAGCCACCCUGCUGUUUGGAAAAAACAACGUGCUGGUGCAGCCGAGGGAUGACAUGGAGGCUAUCCCAGGAUACCUGUCUCUCCACCAGACCGCUCACAUCAUGACGCUGAAGUGGACGCCCAAUCAGCUGAUGAACGGCUCUGUGGGAGACCUGGACUAUGAGCACAGUGUGUACUGGGACUACGCUAUGACCAUACGUCUGGAGGAGAUUGUUUAUUUGCACUGUCAUCAGCAGGUGGACACCGGGGGCACGGUGGUGCUGGUGAGCCAGGACGGCAUUCAGAGACCCCCGCUGCGCUUCCCCAGAGGGGGGCACUUGCUCCAGUUCCUCUCCUGCCUGGAGAACGGCCUCCUGCCCCACGGCCAGCUCGACCCUCCGCUCUGGUCCCAGAGGGGAAAGGGGAAAGUGUUCCCUAAACUGAGAAACAGGUGUUCACAGGGAUCCUCAGACUCCGUGUCUGAUAAGGAGGAGGACGAGGCAACGGACUAUGUCUUCCGCAUCCUGUUCCCCAACAGCCAAUCAGAGUUUGUGGCCCCAGAGCUGAUGGACCAGGAGGCCAACAUCUGGCAGCCCACAACCAGGAAAUCCUCCUGCUCGUCCUGUACCCAGUGCAGCUUCUCAGACAGAGGGCCUCCCAAUGGGUGCAACCAUGAAAGAGCCCCUUUGAAGCUGCUGUGUGACCAAAUGAAGUAUCAGAUCAUCUCCCGGGCUUUCUAUGGCUGGCUGGCUUAUUGUCGUCACCUGUCCACCGUACGUACACACCUCUCGGCCCUGGUCAACCACACUAUCGUGACACCCGACGCGCCCGGCGAUGCUUUAGGGGGCCUCACUGCCGAGGUGUGGCAGAGGUUCCUUCAGGACUGCACCGCCUAUAAGGAGCAGGAGCUGUUGCGCCUGGUCUACUUUGGUGGUGUUGACCCUUCAUUGCGUAAGGAGGUGUGGCCCUUCCUCCUGGGCCACUACCAGUUUGGCAUGUCUGAGGCUGACAGGAAAGAGGUGGAUGAGCAGGUGCGGGCGUGCUACGAGCAGACCAUGAGCGAGUGGCUGGGCUGCGAGGCCAUCGUGCGGCAGCGGGAGAAGGAGCAGCACGCUGCGGCACUUGCUAAAUGCUCGUCCAUCUCAGCCAGUGUGGAUAAUCCAAGCACUGUGCAGAGGAUGAUGCACCGUGACUCCAACGUCAGCAAUGAGUCCUCCCAGAGCUGCAGCUCAGACAGACAGAGCCUGGCUCGCUUGCAGAGUGACUCUGACAGCAGUACCCAGGUGUUUGAGUCUGUGGAGGAAGUGGAACAGAUCGAGACGGAGCCCAAGAGUGAGGAGGCCAAGCCGGUUCCCAAGAUCCCCAAUGGAGGAGGCCUGCCCAACGUGGCCAGCUCCCCAGACUCGGGACAUCCCUCCUCUCGCAACUUCUCUGUCACCUCGGGCACGUCGGACCACUCUCUGAGCACAGAGGACAGCACUGUGCCUGACACCAACCCCAAAACCACCAUCUGUGCUCCUCCACAGCUGGCCCCAGCCCAACAGAUCCCAGUCAAAGCCCAUCAGGAAGAGUUGGAAGCAGAUGACCCAAAUGUCCAACCCCUGGCCCUGCAGGAUGAGAAGGACCUCCAGGCCAAGGACCGGCCAGAUAAGGAGGAAAAAGAGAAGGAAGAGAGUGUGACUGAAGUGGCCCAAGAUACUGAGGACACCAAGACAGAAGAUCCAGAGGUAAAAAUGGGAAAAAAUCCAGAGACAGCGGAGGACAAGGCAGCAGACCCAGCUGAGCUAGAGAGCCUGAAAAUAGAAGAAGAGAAGACUUCCAUGACUCUAUCUAAUGAGAAAGAUGAGGUAAGGACCUCUGAAAAGGACAGCGAGUUACCGAAAGCAGAAGUGGAGUCCAAAACAAGGGAGGCUAAAGAGCCUGAUGCAGAAGUGAUGAAAAUGUUGGAUGGAGAGCCAACCAUGCAAGUACACACAGAGGAGAUGCAGUCACUGGAACCUGGGGAGUCAGGAGAAACAAAGGAGAACAAAGGACCAGAACCAGAGUCUGUAGAUCCAGAAGAGAAUAAGACAUCCCAAACAAACCAUAGAGAGCCAACAGGGGAGAAUACAUCGAUAUCAACGGUGACUGCAGAAGCAACGGAAGACACAACAUCACAACUGGAUGAUGAAAGAACUUCAGACACAGGGGCUGGAGAAACACAGAGUGCUGAAACAACGGAAGUAAAGGAAGCCAACGCAACAACUCUAGAAAAGACAGAAACUGAGAAGGGAGUAGAAGCCAAUCAAACUUUGAAAUCUGAAGAGGUAGUCGAAACAAAGGUGUAUAAGACAGUGUCACCGGAAGAGGUUGCAGAGGCAAAAGGGGAUGAGGUAAAAAAAUCAGAGGAAGUGGGAAAAAGAGAGGAGGAGGAGGAGACCAUACUAUCUGAGGCCAAGCUGCCAGAGUCAGAGAAUAAAAAAAGCUCUGUUGCAGAGACCAGGGUGGCAAGAGCAAUGGAAGCACUGGGUAGCACCACCAGGCUCGAAGAGGCUCUGGCCACCACAGAAUCUGACGAGUCUCCUUCGGCCAUUGAGAUGGAGGAGAUUUCCUCAGCUAAAUUCUCCAUGGCCCUACCGUGGGACAGGAAGGGCCUGUGUGAAAGCUCCAGGGUCGGGGCUGCUCUCUCUGAGGGCUCAGUUCACCAUCUGGAGCUCCGUUUGGAGGAGAAGGAGAAGGGCAAACCCAGCCCUGAGGGCACAGAGUCCAUCAUGUCUGAGGAGCCUGAGAUGGAGAGCCUCUUCCCUAAAUUUGAAUUCCUGACUGUGGGAGGAGAGCUGAAAAUCUCUCCAGUGCCAUCCAUUGGAACCACCUACUCUCAAGAGCUUUUGGACAUGUACACGAUCAACCUGCAUCGCAUUGAGAAGGAUGUCCAACGGUGUGACAGAAACUACUGGUACUUUACCCCUGCCAACCUGGAGAAACUGCGCAACAUCAUGUGCAGCUAUAUCUGGCAGCACCUGGAGAUUGGCUAUGUGCAGGGCAUGUGUGACCUGCUAGCUCCCCUCCUUGUCAUUCUGGAUGAUGAGGCCAUGGCCUUUAGCUGUUUCACUGAGCUCAUGAAGAGGAUGAAUCAGAACUUCCCCCACGGCGGGGCCAUGGACACUCACUUUGCCAACAUGCGCUCUCUCAUCCAGAUACUGGAUUCGGAGAUCUUUGAGCUCAUGCACCAAAAUGGCGACUACACCCACUUCUACUUCUGCUACCGAUGGUUCCUUCUAGACUUAAAACGUGAGUUGGUGUAUGACGAUGUGUUUGCGGUAUGGGAGACCAUCUGGGCAGCGAAGGACGCCUCCUCCGGCCACUUUGUCCUCUUCAUCGCACUGGCACUGGUGGAGGUCUACCGGGACAUCAUUCUGGAGAACAACAUGGACUUCACCGACAUCAUUAAGUUUUUCAACGAAAUGGCUGAGCAUCACAACAUCAAGCAGAUCCUGACUCUGGCCCGGGACCUGGUGUGCAAGGUGCAGACUCUCAUUGAGAACAAGUGAUCUCCAGGAGCCAUCCACUUUUCUUCCUUUAUCCUCUUCCAGUUUCCGCUUAGUCUGUCUCAAGGCAUCCCAGUCUGAACAGCUGCAAAAGAACAGAUAGAUCAGGGUUGUGUUUAUUAGGCACCAAACUGAAGAAAUGGGACUGAAACAGGCAGGAACUACUUAGACUUGUCCUAUAACAAACGAUCAUUUUAAUUUUCCUUCGCCAAAUGUUUUUAAAUGUGUUCCAUUGAGUGCCCUGAUGAACAUGACCCAGAUGCACUCAGAUUAGGGGUUGCCUCAUAUACUAUUCUAUACCACCGCCUUCUUCACAGGGUCACCACCAUUGUUCACUACCUUCUCAUCUAUGGUGGCAGGUAACCUAGUGGUUAGAAGUUGACUAGGUGAAAAAUCUGUCAAUGUGCCCUUGAGCAAGGCACUUAACCCUAAUUGCUCCUGUAAGUAACUCUGGAUAAGAGCGUCUGCUGAUUUACUAAAAUAUCAAAUGUAUGUGAAACCAGCCAGGGUAUACCAUGUAAUGCUAUACCAGUACUUAAAUUUCAGGUUUCAUCAUGGAACACCAAGGGAAUGAUGACUUUUACCUCCAGUUAUUCUGUCAGUGAAACAGUUUGGUUGAUUUUUUAUUAAACUGUGACAAAUAUUUUGUCAUAGUAUGCGGUAUGCCUUGUAGACCUACUGUUGAUUGAAGUGGGGUUAGUAUAUACAUACACAGAGAUGGUUUCAUAGACCUAGAUACAAUUAUUUUACUCAAGAACUGAAUAUCAGUGAAACAUAAAUAUGGACUAUAGAUAGUCCUAGAAUAUUUUAAGAUGUGAAAGUUACCAAGUGCCAUUCAGUACAGGAGUAGGCUUAACCUGGUCCGGUGAAACGUCCGAAUGUUGGAGUUUAAACUCAUUAACAGACUCCAUCUGGAGCGGUAGUUUACCUGAGUAAAUUAACUUACAGGUAGGGUACCUACCUACCUGAUGUGCCAAAGGCCAGUGCAAGGAGAAAAUUAGAUCAGCUUAAAUGUUAUACUGUGUUGAAUAAGUAGACUACCUCGCAAGUAACCCUGUCCCAAGUAAGUUGUUACUGAAUGUAGUUUGGUAGGUACUGUAGGUGUUACCUUACAAUCUAUUUUGGAAUUCCUUUAAACCAAAAUGAAGUAAGAUAAUUAAUUGGUUCACUUGAAGCGGCAAUCAGCAGUUGAAACAAUAAUAAAGCGUACCCAGUCCCCCCACCCCACCCGUUUCGCAAAAAAACUGAGGGAUGGGGCUGGAGAAAUGUAAUCACUCGCAAAUUGAUAGACAGAGCUAUGGAUGGAAGUACUGACCAUCCAUGAUAUCAACAUUCUAGUUUUAACCAUGUUUUGAGGCCAUAUAGUGUUUGUUUAUAUUUACUUUGUUCACAAACAUUGGAGUAAAACAAUCUUAUAUUUUGGGUUCUGAUGGGCUAUGACAGUUAAACUAAGCUCAUGAGGCUUUUAUAAGUUAUAUUUUUCAACAACAAAUGGGUGCAUAUCAUUAAUUUAUAAGUUUCAAAAAAUGGAUGUAGCAACCUCAGAUUGGGCAUAUGAAGGGUAGAAUGGUUCAUUUUUACAUAAAGACACGACACAUACGUUUUCUUUGCUCUGUGGUUUAAUUAGGUGUGAAAUAGGAAAUCAUUUUAUGGAUUUCUUAAUUCAGGAAAUAAGAACAUCGGUUUUUCCUCUUCCUUUCAUCUCAGACUAAAUCACCUGUUUCUAUGUCAUCUGUAUCUGCUAAACUCCCAUUGUAGUCAGGUCCUAACAGAGACAUGCCACUGGUCUGUAUACCCUGUAAAUCUGUGUGUAUGGGCAUGACGUGUGGCACUGCACACUGUUAGGAGUCAUGAAUCUGUUGAAACCAUGUCGGCAAUUUAGUAAUGGGCAGUGUUUUGAUUAUUUCCCAUAUUCUGCCUUGUUUGUCUAUUCUAUAUUAUGUCUGUACACUGUUGUGUGUGAAUUGUACUGUAAGGAAAACUAAACAAAAGAGGCAAAUCUAAUCCUAGUCAAAACUUAUAUUUAUGACUAAGAAAAACUUGUGUGAUUGUACAUGUGACUUAUAGUUGUCUGGGCAGAAAUGGUUACAAAAAGCAACAAAAGGCUAUUUAACUGUGCUCUGAUUUCUUAUUCCAUUAUUUAUAUAUUCCAGUCAGCCACUGUGUAUUAUGUACAUUGUGUGGCUUUCUCAGUACCUUGUAUAGUCUUACGGCAUUUUAUGUUCAGCUGUUUUUUUAAGCAAAUUCAUGUUUUUUUGUUGUUGUUUUGCUUGGCCUGGCCACCAAAAUAAAUGUGUAUUUGCAGAGAUGAGGA